AUGGCUGAAGAAGCGCCGUCCUCCUGGACAGACACGAUCUACAACCUCAACCGCGGCGACCUCGACGCCGAGCUCGAGCGCCUCGCCUUCAACCACUUCAACCUCUGGACCCCCCUCACGGGCGACCUCCUGCCCCCCCAAAUCCUCAAGCACAUCCUCUCGAAAGAGCGCCCCCGCGUCGCCGACGUCGCGACAGGAAGCGGCGUCUGGCUGGCGUCCCUAACAGAGAUCCUGCCCCCGCGCGCGGAGCUGGUCGGCUUCGACAUCGACCCGCUCAAGUUCCCCCCGCGCCCGCCGACGCCGCCGAUCCCCCCGCCGCCGGUGUCGCCGCCGCUCCGGCCGCAACAGCCGAGCCUUGAUUUUCGCGUCCACGACGUGCUGGAGCGCUUCCCCGAGGACGCGCGGGGCACGUUCGACCUCGUGCAUGUGCGGCUGCUGGCGCUGGGGCUGAAGACGGACGACUGGGACGUCGCGGUGGGGAACCUGGUCGAGCUGGUUCGGCCCGGGGGCUGGGUGUUGUGGGAGGACACGGCGGACCUGUUCAUCCGGGCGUAUCCGCCGAGCAAGGCGUACGACGAGUGGUGGUGGGCGAUCAUGAGGCAUGGCGCGCGGAUCGGGAGGGAUCCUUUUAUGCCCUCUGGCCUCUCCCAAAAGUUCGAAAACGCCGGGCUGCAGAAUUGCGAGCAGAAGAUCUGGAGCUCGUGGGCUGCGGACAAGGGGUUGCAGGAGAACGCGACCGCUGCCAUUCAGAAGCUUGUCAGGCCGUCGCUGGCGGCGGUGAUACAGGACGGCGGCGCCGAGACGAUCAAGGAUUCGGGAGAUAUCAGUCGGAUCGAGAGGGACAUCAGGAGAGACGUGGACGAGAGGGGUGUUCAGGUUGGGCUGGAUUACUUUUGGAUUUGGGGACAACGGCCAUAUUGA